GUGAAAUAUUUCCGCCAUUUAUGGAAUUGGGGGGCAAAUUGAUUAAAACUAAAAGAAACCAAUGUUUCACAAACAAAUAUAUUUGUUUGUCAUUAAAAUGUAUUUUUUAUGUGAAGAAUAUAAAUGGCUUGUAGUUACUUGGGUUACCAAGAAUAUAUCGAUUUCCUGAUUUUGCUUGAGACGGCGUGGUGUUGAUAUCUCCCGGAACAGCAAAGCACUUACCUCUGUCAAGUGCGAUGUAGUCGUGCUACUGCUAGUAAUAGUUGUAGACCUUGGUUGUUUCGCACUUAAAUUUGAAAUUCGUAGGCUGCAGGUGUGCUCUCUUUUCUUUCUUGAAAUACUGUUUAAAAUAUUCAAUAUUAUCAGAGGGAAUCUUAGUUUCACGAAGAGCAUUUUUCUGAAGUCUUAACAGUUAUUCAACCAAACCUGUCUAGUGGUAGCAUCUGAUAUUCAUCUUAUGGGAGGGUUGGAGAUGGAGAAUGAUGAAAGUGAAGAACAGAGUAAACGUCCAGGUACAAGAGUUUUUAAGAAGAGUUCCCCAAAUGGAAAGAUCACAGUGUACCUUGGAAAGAGAGAUUUUGUGGAUCAUAUGACUCAUGUUGACCCAAUAGAUGGUGUUAUCCUAGUGGAUCCAGAGUACAUGAAGGAGCGUAAAGUAUUUGGACAUGUUCUGGCAGCCUUUCGCUAUGGUAGGGAGGAUCUAGAUGUUUUAGGUUUGACCUUCCGGAAAGACUUGUAUUUAGCAUCAGCACAGAUCUAUCCCUUAGAAAUAGCCACUGAAACCAAACAACCCUUGACACGGCUUCAGGAGAGACUCAUAAGGAAACUAGGGCCAAAUUCUUAUCCAUUUUACUUUGAGCUUCCACCUCACUGUCCUGCAUCAGUCACACUCCAGCCAGCACCAGGAGAUACUGGGAAACCAUGUGGAGUGGACUAUGAGUUGAAGGCUUAUGUUGCUGACACUGAAGAAGAAAAACCUCACAAAAGAAACUCUGUAAGGCUGGCUAUUCGUAAGAUUAUGUAUGCACCUAGUAAGCAAGGGGAACAGCCCAGUGUGGAAAUCAGCAAGGAGUUUAUGAUGUCCCCUAACAAACUCCAUCUCGAAGCUUCUCUAGAUAAAGAGUUAUACUACCAUGGAGAAGAGAUAGCAGUUAAUGUGCAUGUUGCAAACAACUCCAACAGAACUGUCAAAAAAAUCAAAGUUUCUGUUCGACAAUUUGCUGACAUAUGUUUGUUUUCCACUGCUCGAUACAAAUGUUCAGUAGCUGAAGUAGAGAGCGAGGAUGGUUGUCCUAUAGGACCUGGAUUUACAUUAUCAAAGGUGUUUUACUUGAAGCCAUUGCUUGCAAACAACAAAGACAAACGAGGCUUAGCUCUUGAUGGUCAGCUGAAACAUGAGGAUACGAAUCUUGCUUCUUCCACAAUAAUUACAGACCCAGACCAAAAAGAAAAUUUGGGAAUCAUUGUCCAGUAUAAAGUGAAGGUGAAGCUAUGCCUGGGCCCACUUGGAGGAGAUGUAAUUGCAGAACUUCCAUUUGUCCUAAUGAAUGCAAAACCUGAGGAGACACAAGACACACUUGUUAAUCCAGUUCAAGGAUCAGAUGAACAUAAUGAUAAAAUGGUUCCUGUUGACACCAAUCUCAUUCAACUGGAAACUGAUCAAACAAGUGGACUAGCAGAUCAGGAUGAUGACAUCAUUUUCGAAGAUUUUGCAAGACUUCGACUGAGAGGAGAAACAGAUGCUUGAAGGCAGUAAACAUUGAUGAAAAGACUUGUUUCUCAAUGUUUUUAAUUACUUAAGGUUUGUAGCAGACAGUGUUAUUUGGGCCAGCUCAUUAAUCUUCAAUAAAUAUUUAACAACAACAGACAGAGAAAUAGUUGUUGGCUAGGUAUGUCUGAUGUUUUUUUAUUGUCACAUUUUCCUGUUUUAUCAGAGACUUCUACUAUGCUAAUGAGAAAUUGAUCCAGCAGUUUUAUUUAAGAUUAAAUUACUGAUUUUGGUGGAGAAACAUGAAUUUUAGAAGGUUAAGAGUAGUAUGAAAUUUUUAAACUAACAGCCGAAGCUAGUUGUUAAAAAAUAGUUCUCGUGCCAGUUAGGCCUUUGCUCAAUAUCUUCCAGUCUUUUGGUAAAGCAGUCUGAUUAUUAGGUAGUAAAACCUUUAAGGAUUAAUGUGUGCUGAAAAGUUUAGUGAAAAGUUUUUUUCCAUAAUUUAACCUUCAAAGCUUAAAGUUGAUUGAAUGAGAAAAUAUGUAUUAUUGAAUUUUGAUUAUUAUUAUUAUUAUGUAUGUAAACUAAAGGAGUUCAGGAUAUUGGUUUGUGUUUAUAACAGUAACCAAAAGAGAACAAUGCAAUGCUUAACUUUAGCUUUAACCUAAGGUUAUUGCAGUUAGUGUAAAUUGGAUUAUAAUCUUUUUUAAGAAGUUAUUGUUUUAGAUGGCUCUCAGCUUUAACUAGGAAGAACUCACUGUUUGUUGGAUUUAUAUUUACAUAAGAAAUGGUUUAUUUUGACAUGUUUAAAACUUUUUAAAGACAUUUAGAAUUGUGUUGGAAAUGUGUUAAGCUUGUGUUGUCCUCAUUUUUUUAUACUUUAUUCACAAAAAUAAUACUGUUAAACAUGUAUGUUUUGGUAAGAAAAACAGGUUUUUUUGUUCUCCAUGUAUUACUAAACAGUUUUGGAUAGAAAAACAGGUUUUUGUUCUCCAUGUAUUACUAAACAGUUUUGGUUAGAAAAACCGGUUUUUGUUCUCCAUGUAUUACUAAACAGUUUUGAUUAGAAAAACAGGUUUUUUGUUCUCCAUGUAUUACUAAACAGUUUUGGUUAGAAAAACAGGUUUUUUGUUCUCCAUGUAUUACUAAACAGUUUUGGUUAGAAAAACAGAUUUUUUGUUCUUGAUCUUAACUGUUUAGUUAAGAUCACAAGAAAAAUAAAUGAAAGUUUAUUUUGUUAUGUAUACCAAUGGAAACAAAAGUAUUUAUGUGUAAAUGACUGGGUUAUUCAUAAGUAAAUAGGAUUAGUGAAGUGUUAAAAUAACAGUUUUUUUUGUCAAAUACAGCUGCAUGGAUUUAGUAAUAUGAGAAUGAGAAUUGUUUCACUUAUUGAUUUUGAGUCUUCAGUUGUUGUUUUGUUGUUUUUUUUUCUGUUUUCCUGAAAUCAUUGAUUUAAAUAGUGAAUUCAUUUCUUAAAGUUUUCUUACAUAGUUGAAAUCGAUCGGUAUAUAUAUAUAAUUUUCUUUAAAAUUAUGCUGAAUUGUUUAACAGGUAAAUUUACUUAUACAAAGUUAAGUUGCUUCAGUUGAUAGGUGUAGAAAACGUGCUUAAAGUUACAAUAACAUAGUUGCAGUCUAUAGUAACUGUCACAGAUGUGCAAGUUGAACCAUACUUUAGGUAGUGCCGGUAUAGUAACUGUCACAAAUGUACAAGUUGAACCAUACUUUAGGUAGUGCCAGUAUCGUAACUGUCACAAGUUGAACCAUACUUUAGGUAGUGCCAGUAUAGUAACUGUCACAAGUUGAACCAUACUUUAGGUAGUGCCGGUAUAGUAACUGUCACAAAUGUACAAGUUGAACCAUACUUUAGGUAGUGCCGGUAUAGUAACUGUCACAAGUUGAACCAUACUUUAGGUAGUGCCAGUAUAGUAACUGUCACAAGUUGAACCAUACUUUAGGUAGUGCCAGUAUAUGCUCUUCUUGUUUUUUAUUUUAUUGUAUUUGAAGCAAUGAAAAAAAAGAUAUUUAAUUUUUGAGUUAUUGAAAUUAAGUUGUGUUUUUUAUUAUUAUUGUAAGUAUAAUCUUCUAUACCUCAAGGGUCAACACUAGUCGUGGUACAACUUUCAGUACACUUUGUGUUGGGUACUUUCAGAUUUAAUUUGAAAAGCUUGAAAAUACUCCCAAACAAGUUGGGUCAGACAAAGAAUGCCAUUUUCUAAACUAACUUGUAUUGGAUCUUUUCUCUUCUUGCUACAUACUAGUCUGCUUAUAUAAGACAAACUGAUACAGUCUAUGUAAAGCAUGCUAUUGUAUAUUAGUUUGAAUAAUGUAAAUAUAUACAUAUACAUAUGUAGACACAAACAAAUAAACAUGCAUAUAUACAUAAAUUUGUAUGUAGAUGGGUACAACAUGUAGUACCUUGCUUAUUGUAUUGUGUUUGCUGCAUUUCAUUAUUUUCUUGAAUCGGAGAAAUAACUAGUUGAAAUGUAGAAUGGAAUUACGAAAUUAUUGGAUGACACAAAAAUUGACUUGUAGGAUAAAAAAAAAAGAAAAAUUGUAGUGGCUGCUUCUUUUGUAUCUUUAAGACGAGCAGUAUAUUAUGAAGUUGAGCUGAGGUCGGCCAAAUGGUUAGUAUGCUGGACUGUGGAUCUGAGGUUCGCACAUCGUUACUGCCAAAAGAAAGAAAUAGUUGCACUCUGGACUUUGGGUCCGUAGGUGCAUUUUAAAAAUGGUGAUCAAAUCCCACUAUUUAUUAGGUGAAGAGUUGGCAGUGGGUGGUGUUGACUAGCUGUUUUCUCUAUUAUCUCUUACUUAAAAGAUUAGAUGACUAAUGCAACUAGACCUCAAAUAGCUUUGCUUGAAAUUCAACAAACAAAGCUAUUAAGUUUUUUUUAUAUUUUAAUUUGUUAAACUUUGUAACUUCUCAGAAAAACAUUUCAUUUUUAUGAUGACAGGCUUCUACUGAAUCUUCUCUAAGAGGAAACAAAAAAUUAGAUUUCUAUUCUUAAUGUAUUCCCAGGAACUUAUCAUUGUUUAGGGGCAUUUCUUUUUUUACUGAUAAAACCAUAAAAAGUGAAAUAUUAAUUACUUAAACAAUGUCUAGAGAGAGAGAGUCUAUGCCUUUUGAUUUUUCUCCAACAAGAAGCACAACUAUGUUGAAAAAAACUAUUAAUUCAAUUUGAAACAUAUUUUUAAAAUAUCUAAGAACUGAAUAAAAUAACCUAAAACUGACCGUUAUCCUUUGAACAAGAAAGAAUGUAUGAACUUUCAAAAAACAUUGGAAUUAUUCACAUGCUGAUUGAAAAACAAAUCUCUGGUAUCAUAAUUGAAAAGCCUACAUAUGCUCAUAACAUUUAAAAAAAAUUAGAAGUCUGAUUAAAUUAAUAUUUGUUAUUCUUCAAUUUUUUAGACUUUGAUAUGUGCAAUGUCUUUAAUUGCCAGUGAAUUUGUUUUACUUUUGGAAACAGUUGCAACUUUGUAAGUAAUACUUUACUAAAUGUAAUUUGUUUUGAAAUGUAUUUAACACUUUUAUGUUUACAAAUUAAACACAUCUUAAUGUCUGUUGUUAAAUGUCAGAGUUAAGAUAAUUGGGGGUUUAUAGCUGAGAUUAUUUGUUUAAAACUCAUUACAGCUGUGUGUUGCAAUGAUUUUAAUUGUUGAAUGGUGCAGUGCAUCGUAAUUUGUUGAGUAAAACUGUAUAUUGUAAUUUUAUGUAUUAAUCAUUAGAACUACGCAUUGCAUUAUCUGUUCAUUAAUUAAACAUAGGAGAACCUUGAAGAUUAUACUGGCUGCAUUAUGUCUAUCAGCAUUUUAACUUUGUUGAUAGUAUAUAAUAAAUAGUUUCUACAUUAAAAGCAAAUGUAUCAGGCUUAUAAUUGUAGAGUUAACUAUCAUUAAUCAUUUUAAAAAGUAACUUUUUCUUCCUGUUUAGCUUUUUGCAACAAAUGCAAUUCUCCAUGUUACUUUAGAUAGAGCUUGUAUUUAGCCAUGGACCUAAUAUCAGUUCAUUUUAUCAAAGUGAGUAGAAUAACACUUUCACUGCUUAAUAGAAUAAAGCAAGUUACAGUGCUUGUAAUCUUGUCUAUGCUGUACUCAGAAUGCUAGUAAUAAGUCAGAAAUAGUAGUAUUUAUAUGUUAAAUGCACUUCCCUAGUCCUCUCCAUACCACUCGAGUCAAGACUGUGAACAUGCUCAUCAUGAAUAUAUCAAGUUACUUAACCCAGGAUUUAAAUAAAUUGUUUUAUAUUUUUCAAAUAUAAUCUCACAAUAUGAUGUAAGGAAAUUGUGUAUUUCACCUAAAAUCAGUUCAUUCUUUAGAAUAUGUGUGCUUAUCUUACUCUAUUAAUUUAUAAUUUUUUUUAUUAGAACUGUAUUCACCAGGCUUGCAAAUUUGUAUCUGGAGCUUUGUAAACUUGCAAGAUAAUUUUUCAGGGCAUUAACUUUUGAUUUGUACAGGGUGUAUUAAAAGAUAUUGUUUCAA